AUGGAAUCUGAACAAAAUAUGCUCGCGGUGCAUUUAUUAAUUACAAACUUAUCUCCUGAUAUUGAAUUUUUUAAUUUCUUUAAUUUUUCUUUAAACUUCUUUAAUACUCUUACUACUAAAAUAAAAACUGAAAAUAAUAUAAAAAAUAUCUCUAAAGUACAAUCUUUGAUUAUUAGCCUUCCUCCUGAAAUAUUUAUUAUAAUAUGUUCCUUUUUACCACCAAAUGAUUUAUGCUCACUUUCUCAAGUAUGUUUUAAGUUUCAUGAAUAUUUAUGUACUUCAAAUUCUUCGACCACUCAACAAAUAUGGAAGGAAUCACGUCUAAAAUUUAUGCCAAAAGAAACUAUGCCUCCUCCUGAAGGAAUGAUUGAAAAAAAAUAUGUUGAAUUAUUAAUUAUAGAACGAGGUUGUCAAAUUUGUAAACGAAAAACAGAAUGUAACAUUUAUUGGGGAUUGGAAGUUAGAUGCUGCGAAAAAUGUUUAAUAAAAAAUUGUAUAACACAAGAUAAAUUAUACAUGAAAAAAUUUCCACGUGAAUUCAUUGAUAUCUUGCCGUAUAGUUAUUUCAACUGUGAAUAUUAUUAUUGGAAAAAACAAUUAGAUAUUACUUAUCCUCAAUAUUGUAAUUUACUAGAAGAAAAUAAACAAUGUUGGUUAGAUGAUAAAAAGCGUUCGCUUGAUUCUAAAAAAAAAUAUUUUGACCAACGUAAAAAAACAAAACAAAAAAAUAAUCCAAGGAACAGUCCAAUUCGUAUUUCCCCACCUUUUACAGGUACUCUAUUAACAAUAUACAAAUAG